AUGGAGAACCAAGCGAACCGGUCGCACCGGCCCGCUAAGGAGAAGAAGAAAUAUGAAGGGAAAAACCCCAAGGCUUUUGCCUACUCCAACCCGGGAAAGCUCAACAAGCAGGCUGCGCGAUCCUCAGAGGUCAAGGAAAAGAGACUCCAUGUCCCCCAGGUUGAUCGCAUGCCCGAGGAGGCUCCUCCGACUGUCAUUGCAGUUGUUGGACCUCCCGGUGUCGGCAAGACUACUCUCAUCAAGUCCCUGAUCCGUCGCUACACCAAGCAGACCCUCAGCUCGCCCCAGGGACCAUUGACAAUCGUUACCUCCAAGAAGAAGCGUCUUACUUUUCUCGAAUGUCCUUCCGAUUCCCUCGCCGCUAUGAUCGAUGUCUCGAAGAUUGCUGAUAUCGUUCUCCUCAUGAUCGACGGUAACUACGGUUUCGAGAUGGAGACCAUGGAGUUCCUGAACGCUCUGUCUACAAGUGGUAUGCCGGGUAAUGUCUUUGGUAUCUUGACACAUUUGGAUCUGUUCAAGAAGCAGAGCACCUUGAAGAUGACCAAGAAGCGCCUCAAGCACCGUUUCUGGAGCGAGCUUUACCAGGGUGCUAAGCUCUUCUAUCUUUCCGGUGUCAUCAACGGCCGUUACCCCGAUCGUGAAGUGCACAACCUCUCCCGAUUCUUGUCUGUCAUGAAGAACCCGCGUCCGCUUAUUUGGCGUAACUCUCACCCCUACGCCCUGGCCGAUCGCUUUUUGGAUAUCACGCCACCAACUAAGAUUGAAGAGAACCCGAAGUGUGAUCGUACGGUUGCACUAUAUGGUUAUCUUAGAGGUACCAAUUUCCCUGCCCACGGUGCCCGAGUACAUGUCCCUGGUGUGGGUGACUUGACCGUCUCCGGCAUCGAAGGAUUGCCCGAUCCGUGCCCAACUCCCUUCAUGGACCAGCAAAUUGCCAAGGCAACUGGAAAAUCUUCACGACGCAAGCUGGGCGAGAAGCAGAAACUGCUCUUUGCUCCCAUGUCCGAUGUUGGUGGUGUGUUGGUCGAUAAAGACGCCGUCUAUAUUGAUAUCAAGACAAAUACGUUCAACCGGGGCUCGGAUGAUGAGGAAUCCGAUAACGAGGACCGAGGUCUGGGUGAACAGCUUGUGGUAAACCUACAGAGCGAGCGCCGCUUGCUCGGUGAGGCUGACCAGGGCGUUCGUCUGUUCCGUGGCGGUGAGACGAUCUCCAAUGCUGUCGAGGACGAAGGAACCGGCCGCAAACAACGGAGACAUGCCCGACUAGCUGAUUCCGAGCGCGUCCAAGCUGCAUCAGAUGAUGAAGACGGCGAAGACGAGGAAGCUUCUGAUGAAGAGGAUGACGCAGGUGACUUUGAUGAAAACGAGGAUGAUGAAGAUGAAGUCGACAUGUCUGCGCCAGCAGACUUUGCGGAUAGCUUUAAGAAAAGACAGAACGGAAACGCCGAUGCUGAGGACGAUGACGUUGCAUUCGCAGACAGCGACUCCGACAUAGGCUCUGUCUCCGGUGAUGAGCAGGACCAGGAUAGUGACGAGGAUGAAGACGACGAAGAUGAAGAGGGUAACCUUCGCUGGAAGGAGAACAUGCAGGAAAACGCCAAGGCUUUCCAUGGCAAGCGCCCAGCUUUCCGCGUUGGCGAUCUGUCUCGCAUGAUGUACGACGACUCGAUUACCCCUGUCGAUGUUGUGCAAACAUGGCGCGGUGAAAAUAAUGGCGAUGAAUCCGAGGAAUCCGACAUUGAAGCCGAUGAAGAAGCCGACGAUUUCUUCAAGAAGACCAACAACGAGAAGGAUGACGAGGCCGAUCUUCGCGCCAUUCCUGAAUACGACUACGAUGAGCUUGAGCGUAAGUGGCGUGAUGAGGAAUUGAUCGAGUCGCUCAAACUGCGUUUCGUUACCGGCAAACUCGGCGGUGGUGGUUCAGACGAUGACGAUGUCGACGAGGACGAUUUCGAUGAUGACUCGGAUGAUGAAGGUGAUGGAGCUUUCGAGGACUUGGAGUCGGGCGAGGUUUUCGACGGAUUCAAGGAUGGCGAUGAAGAGGAGGAUGAAGAUGAUGAGGAUGAGGAAGCGGAGCCCGAGGGCCUCGUGGACUUGGAAGCUGAGCGUGAGCGCAACGCGAAGAAGAAGGAAGAGUUGAAACUUCGCUUUGAGGAAGAAGAUCGUGAAGGCUUUGGCAAUGCCAAAGACGGCACCCGUGAUGGUGGAGAUGGCGAGUUUGGCGAGGAUGACUGGUAUGACAUGCAGAAGGCAAAGAUGCAGAAGCAGAUGGAUAUCAACCGCGCUGAGUUUGACAACCUUGACGAAGCCUCUCGCGCGCGCGCUGAAGGCUACAAGGCCGGUACUUACGCACGAAUCGUUUUGGAGAAUGUGCCAUACGAGUUCGUUGAAAAGUUCAGCCCUCGAUUCCCUGUCAUUGUUGGAGGACUGGCUCCUACCGAGGAUCGCUUUGGAUAUGUUCAGAUUCGCAUCAAGCGUCACCGCUGGCACAAGAAGAUCUUGAAGAGCAACGACCCGUUGAUUUUCUCCCUCGGCUGGCGUCGCUUCCAGUCCAUGCCCAUCUACAGUACCUCGGACAGUCGGACACGAAACCGUCUGCUCAAGUAUACUCCCGAGCACAUGCAUUGUACCGGUGUCUUCUACGGUCCACUUGUGGCUCCUAACACCGGUUUCUGCUGUGUUCAAUCCUUCUCCAACAAGAACCCUGGAUUCCGCAUUGCUGCGACUGGUGUCGUCCUCGCCGUGGACGAGCACACUGAGAUUGUCAAGAAGUUGAAACUUACUGGUGUGCCAUACAAGAUCUUCAAGAACACCGCUUUCAUCAAGGACAUGUUCAAUUCUGCCCUUGAGAUCGCCAAAUUCGAAGGCGCUUCAAUUCGCACAGUCUCCGGUAUCCGUGGUCAGAUCAAGCGAGCUCUCAGCAAGCCCGACGGGUACUACCGUGCUACGUUCGAGGAUAAGAUCUUGAUGAGUGAUAUUGUUUUCCUGCGCGCCUGGUACCCUAUCAAGCCACACCGAUUCUACAACCCUGUUACCAACCUGCUCGACCACACUGAAGGCAGCAACGCCGACGGCGGUUGGCAGGGUAUGCGGCUGACUGGUGAGGUCCGCCGCGACCAGGGCAUCCCCACCCCUAUGAAUAAGGAUUCGGCCUACCGCAAGAUCGAGCGACAGGAGCGCCACUUCAACCCGCUGCGGGUGCCCCGUCAGCUGGCCGCCGAUCUUCCCUACAAGUCCCAGAUCACCAAGAUGAAGGGCCACAAGGACCAGACCUACAUGCAGAAGCGUGCUGUGGUCCUCGGUGGUGAGGAGAAGAAGGCCCGCGACCUCAUGCAGAAGUUGACUACUAUGCGCAACGAGAAGUCUGCUAAGCGUGCAGCUAAGCAAGAAGAGCGUCGCCAGGUUUACCGAGCCAAGGUGGCCGAUAGUCUAGAGAAGAAGGCUGCCCGUGAGAAGAGAGAGCGCGAUGAUUACUGGCGCAGGGAGGGCAAGAAGCGCAAGAACGACGAAGACGGCGGUGGUGGUGGCAAGAAGCGCAGAUGA